AUGGAGGAGUGUGCAAAAUCAAUGAGAAAACUUCGCAUUAGCUUCAAUGAUCCUGAUGCCACUGAUUCUGGGAGUGAAAAGGAUGAGCCAAUUCAUGAUAAUAAACACGGAUGUCCAAGAUUUAAGCGUGUUGUGAGGGAAAUUGUUGUUCCGGGGGGUCCUUAUGAGUCAUUUUCAGAGAAUUCUCUGCACUGUUGCAACAAUGGGGGGAAAAUUGCUGGCCAAAUAGGCGAAAACAAGAAGGUGCAAAGAUCAUCCUCGAUAUACAAAGGUGUUAGGAAAAGGAAGUGGGGAAAAUAUGCAGCAGAGAUUCGGGACCCGAUUAUAGGGAAAAGAGUAUGGCUUGGUACUUAUAAUACUGCAGAAGAGGCUUCCACAGCUUAUCAGACAAAAAAACUUGAGAUUGAAAGGACACUUAUGCUGGAAAGGAGCAAGAAGUCGAUUUCAUCCGCAGCUUCAACUGGUCAGGGGUCUUGUGCUUCGGAGGAGACUAAUGCUUUGUUUUCUCAUCCAUCCCCAUCAUCUGUUCUUGAUGUUUCUACAUCAAACCCCUUUGUCAAUGGCCCUGGCAAUGCAAUAAAAGAAGAAACCAAUGCAAUAAAAAUCGAGGGAGAAGGAGAAAAGCUACCCAUUGUGGGAUUUUCAGAAAAUCAAUUGGUCUUACCCUCCAUUCGACAGGAAUUUAACAUGGGAUUGGAUGACCAUUUGCCAUUUGGUAGUGAUAUGGGGGAUCAAUUCAUUUCUAAUUUCUUGGAAGAUCUGCCAAUGUCACCCUCUAAUCCAGGCCACAAUUUUAGUAUCGAAGAUAAUUUGCAUUGUCAUAAUAAUUUGAGACAGAUGAACUUUGAGGAGCUAGAUGAUAACGAUUUCGGACAGUUUUUUAAGGAUCUGAAUGAUUCAGACAUUGAUUUUCCAAUGCAAGAGUUUGAAAAUGGAGGAAAUGAUCUUCCAAUGUUUGACGAAGACGAGAUUGCCUGGUUAAAUGAAACCUUGGGAGAGGACCAAGGCAAUGGUUGUUGA